AUGGCCAAUGCCGGUGCGGACGGUGUCUUCUGGCAGGAGCUCCCCGGGGUCUCUGACUUCUCGUUGCAUUUCGAGGAGACUAUUCUCGACCUCGCUCCCUCCUGCUUGCUCAUCGUGCUGGCACCUGUGGCUGCCAUCUACUACUUGCAACAGCCAGUUCAGGUCCGUCGCAGCCCGCUCCUGUGGAUUAAGCUUAUCGCAGCAGCUGCUUUGGUGGGAGUUGAGAUAGCUAGCCUUUCAUUUCGCGCUAUAUCUCAUAUACUUGUCACCGAAACGACUCUGCCAGCUGCUUCCGUCGACCUUGUCGCCGCUGUUGCCGUGACCUGCCUCCUUUACGUUGAGCAUCGACGCGCUAUCAAGGCCUCUGCUCUUCUAGGCAUAUACUUUUUCAUCGGGAUCGUUUUUGAAGCUGUCAAAUGCCGCUCUUUCUUUUCCAGACCCGGAUUGGCUCCGGCUGGGGCACUCGCCGCUACGUCAUGCAGCAUACACUUGCUUCUUUUGAUUCUCCAGGAGAUCAGCAAGCGUGAGCUUCUGAUUGAUCCAGCUCUGCGAGAGUCUUUAGGAGAAGAAGGUACCGCUGGAUACUGGAAAAGAAUGUUCUUCGCGUAUCUGAACCCGAUGUUCAUUGCCGGGUUUCGUAAAGUUCUCAGCUUGAAGGACCUAGACAACAUUGGGCCCGAAUUCUCCUCUGCACUCUUGCAUUCGAAACUGAAACGGCACUUGCAGGGGGUACGUUGGGCAUCGAAGAACACACUUCUGCGCAUCUGUGUCGAAGCUUGGAUGUGGCUGCUCCUGUUCGCUUUGAUCCCACGGAUAUGUUUCACGGGGUUUUCUUUCUCACAACCGUUCAUUCUGCAUCGCGUCAUUGAAAUUCUCGAUGAUCCGCAAGCGAGCACCGCAGAAGCUGGCUUUCUGUUGGGUGCGACGUUUUUGUCCUUCACUGGCGCGACUUUAUCCAAAAUGGCCACCAAACACUUGAGCUACCGCAUCGUUACUCGACUACGAGGCGCUCUUGUUACACAUUUAUCCGAGAAGAAUGCACGACUGCCUCAAUCCGAAGCGAAGAAAUCUGCUGCAAUAACUCUUAUGAGUACUGAUGUUGAUGGCAUUGCCGGUGGCUUGCCUCGCAUUUACGAACUUGCUGUGACCUUUUUCGAAGUUGGUCUAGGGAUAUACUUCUUAUCAGACUUCGUUGGGCAGUCAUGUUUUGUGGUUCUCGCACCUCUAAUUGCUUCGACCUGUGCUACCUAUUUCCUAGGACGCUGGAUAGGAGUGGCAUAUCAAGCAUGGAAUCAAAGCAUAGAAGAACGUGUGGGGAAGACUUCGACAAUUCUUAGCCAGCUGAAAGCGAUUAAGAUGUUUGGUCUCGGUCCCAUUAUCGGCAACUAUCUGCAGCGUCUUCGCGAGGCCGAGAUGAGAAAAUCGAAGAAGUUUCGAAUUCUUGAAGCAGUGGCAAGUAUUCCAGUGAUCUGCGCUGAGCAGAUCACGCCGGUUGUGGUUAUUGCUGCUGCCUUGUUCUGGAACACGAUUGGUGGCAGGCUCUCUGCUGCUACCAUUUUUCCUUCUCUUUCGAUCAUCAUUUUAAUCAAGACUCCGUUGGCCACCCUCUUGAGUGCAUACCCGACGAUUACGUCCAUGUUUCGAUGCUUCAGACGUAUCCAGGAGUUCCUGCAGCUCCCCGAAAGAAAAGACCCUCGAACGCUGCGAGAAAGCCCCGAUAUCGCGCCGCUUGAUGAGAAAGCUGACCCAGCAAACCCAACCACCUGGCCCAUUGUUGAGUUUGUUGGGGCAAAGAUUGCGCCACCAGGCACUCAAAUCCCCAUUCUCAGUGAUGUCAACUUCUCUGUGUAUCCUGGCUCGAUAACCCUAGCAAUUGGCCCGAACGGUGCCGGAAAGUCUUUGCUUCUGCAGAGCAUACUGGGCGAAACUUUGCUGAUCGAGGGCGCCAUAUACAUCAGCAGCAUGUUCAUGGGGUUCUGUGGUCAGCUGAUCUGGCUACAAAAUGUCUCUAUCAAAGACAAUAUCAUCGGUUACCUACCGUACGAUGAGCGGCUAUUCCGCAGAGUCGUUCGCUGCUGUCUACUGGAGGAGGACAUCGCUGCUUUACCAGACGGAGAAAAUUACAUAGUCGGCAGCGGUGGCUCGAAACUCAGUGGCGGUCAGCGCCAGCGAGUGGCACUUGCUAGAGCUUUAUUUGCAAGAGCGUCUAUUAUUGUUUUAGACGACAUAUUCAGCUCACUGGAUCGCAAAACAGCAACUGCUAUUCUGUUUCAACUUUGUGGUAACAACGGACUCCUGAAGGAGCUCAACUCAGCGGUUGUGCUUUCUUCGUACCUGCCAGAGUGCCUCGACGUGGCGGAUCAGCUUCUUGAGCUGAAUGGUAAUGGGAUCGUCAAAGUGGAGUCUAGCUUCAGAUCAGGCACAUCUCGUGAGAGAGCUCUCCAGAUCAUGAAUGUGCCAGGUCGUAUCAAAUCUGAAGAGGAGAUCACAAAAGAACAAGCGCAGUUUCGCAGGUCUUUGGAUGCACAGCAGCCAGUGAAGAUGGAAAACACAGGAGCAGAUCUCUUGCGGAAAGGAGACCCGAGCUUGUAUUGGCUUUUCAUUAAUCCGAUUGGCAAGUUCAGAUUGACACUCUGGUGUGCGGCCAUGUUUUUCUGUUCCGCGGGAGAGAUUUUCCCAGAUAUCUACAUGCGUCUAUGGAUCGAGCGCCAUCCUGACGACAACACCUACUUCAUCGGAUAUGCCGGCAUCGCUAUUGCCACAUGUCUGCUAUUUGCCCUCACUUGUGGCGUUCUAUUUGCCUAUUUGAUACCUCGCACCGCUUUAGGACUGCAUGAUCAUUUGGUCCAAACGCUUAUGCGCGCGACGCUUGGUUUCCUUGGCGUAACCGACAACGGAGUUCUUACCAACAGAUUCAGUCAAGAUAUGAGCUUGGUAGCUCGAAUGUUACCCAUUGCUUUCAUGAGAACAUUCUAUGUCUUGUUCACAACCUUGGUACAGAGCGGCGUUGUUGUCUCCGGAGCGAGCUACAUGGCAGUGGUACUUCCUGUUGUUUUUCUGGCUGUGUAUUCGAUCCAAUGGUUUUAUCUGCGAACGUCGCGCCAACUACGAGCUCUCGACCUCGAAUCCAAAUCACCAUUGUAUACUCACUUUGAAGAAACAGCGGAAGGCCUGUUAUACAUACGAGCCUUUGGGUGGCAGAUUAACACUCUCGAGGAAGGUUUCAGUCUUCUAGAUGACUCCCAGAAAGCCUUUUAUUAUAUGUACAGUAUCCAGCAAUGGUUAGGGCUCGUCCUAGGCCUGCUGGUUGCAGCAGUCGCCACUAUUCUCAUGGCAUUUGUGCUCUUUAUGAGAGGUUCCACCUCGCAGACAGCAAUAGGUUUGGCAUUUUUGAACCUAAUUCUCCUGGCUCAAACCCUUGAGCACCUGGUUUUGGCUUGGACGUCGUUGGAGACAUCGAUUGGCGCGCUCGCGCGACUUCGAAGCUUUAUGGAGGAGACGCCACAGGAGCCGAAUGAUAGGCAUCUCCAAGUACCUGAGAACUGGCCCUCCCUCGGACACAUCGAGCUGCAAAACGUAUUUGCUGAUUUUGCUGACGACACAACACGACAACCCGUACUCCAGAAUAUAUCGCUCUCCAUAGAUGGGGGCCAGAAAGUCGGCCUUAUAGGACGUACUGGCAGUGGUAAGAGCUCCUUGCUCCUCGCACUCCUUGGCUUCCUCCAAUGCCAAGGCUUGAUAACCAUCGACGGAAUCGAUAUAUCGUCGAUUCCCUUGGACGUAUUGCGCUCCCGCAUCGUUACCGUCUCCCAGGAUCAAAUCAAGCUUGAUGCCUCUGUGCGAACUAAUAUGCUGCCAUUUACUCUAAAUUCGAGCAUAGAAGAACUGGAUGCGCAACAAAGACAAGAAGUCGAAACGAAAGAUAUUAAACUCCGAGAGUUGCUGGUCCGGUUCGGUCUUUGGUCGCACUUGAACGGCAUAGGCGGUCUAGAUGCUAUGCUCAACGACGUUGGCUACUCCCACGGUGAAAUGCAAUUAUUUUGCUUGGCACGUGGCAUCUUGCGCUACGAGGAUACGGGCAGCAAAGUUGUGUUGAUCGACGAGGCGACAAGCAGUGUCGAAGAAGAGAGAGAGAGAGCGGCCCAAAAAACCAUGCGAGAUUAUUUCCCAGACUGUACGAUCUUGAUUGUCGGGCAUAGGAAAUCGAGUAUCACCGGAGUCGAUUUUACUGUCGAGCUAUCGAACGGUAGGGUAGCGCACAUCGACCAGACUUUGCCGAGCUCGGAGGGAUGGGGUUACGGGGACUAA